AUGAAGACCUUGGCCAUCCGUGUCCUCUGUGCUCUGGCAUGUGUGUGCCACUCUAUUGGAGACUCCUCUACCCCCACUGCCUAAAAGCCUGCUAGUGAGUAAAGAGUGGGUGUGUUUGUUAAGAAGGACCUGGCCUCCACUUUGGUGCGACAGAAGAGAGCCGGCACUGCCCUUGCAGACUUGUCCCUGACUCAGCUGGAGUGUCUGAGGGAGGUGUGUGAGCUUAACUACUGGUGUGAGAACCUGAUGGACACAGCUGGGAUCAUUGCUGCCUACACCGAAUUCUAUGGACCAAUCCCAUACUAGAUGUCAACCCACUCCACAAACCAACUUCUAUUCUGCAAGGCUUUUUG